UAUUACUACUACAAGAUGGAUAUUAUGUGGAGUUCUAUGGUAUCUUGGGCUGGCCGCAGGAUGUCGCCACCGCCCCUCCGCCACUAUGCCGCGCCCCCCAGCCUGGCCGCCCCCCGUGUGACAGAGGACACGCCCCCGGACCUACUGGAGGGGGACAUGGACCUAACUGUUAUUCUACCAGCGGGACACAGGGUUAACAUGUCCGUGGCCAGGAGCACGCCCAUGAUGGAUUUGCUGAUACAAGUGACCACAGCCCACAAGAUCAACCCUGGGGGACACAUCAUCCACCUCGUGUCAGAUAACAGACUCCUCACAUACAAGCCUUCCACGCCCAUAGGCACCCUGGACACGAGUGUAAUUAAGAUCGUGGCGAAGAACAGGCUGAACGAGGAGGCGCGGGCACGCAGAGCACACCUUGUCACGCAGGCACAGGAGAAGAACAUUAGGCUCAAGGUCAACCUCCCACGCAACCAGCUGGCUGUCUACCGCCUUCCACCACGCACUUUAAUAUCUGAGGUACUCACCAUUGUGUGUUCUGAUCGGGCCAUUGACAUCAAUACUCACGAAAUACGGCAUCCUGUUAACAUAGACGAAAAGCUGCGAGGAUCUUGUACUUUAGCAGACUACCAACUACAAGAAGUCAGUUUGGUGCGCCGUGACUUCCAAGCGCCGCCUCUCAGUGUCACGGACCUUAUCACUAUGGCUGCCAUCACUAACACCUCCAGGGACGCUGCUGACGGCAAGAGAAGGGGUCUCAUGUCACUCUUCACCAGGAGGGCUAAAUCUUCCGGCGGGGAGAGCAGCGUGUCCUCAGGAAGUGGCGGGGAGAGAAGUGUGAGCCCUGCAAGGUCUGACGCUUCUGACAGGGGAGGUGGAGGAGGAGGAGGAGGAGGAGGAGGAGGAGGAGGAGGAGGAGGAGAAGGAGGGAGCCGGCAAUCUCUCGCCUCCUCCUCUUCUACUACGACCCUCACAGCCUCCGCCCCCUCACCCACGCCCCAGGAAGAGGCAGGCCCCCUCCGCCCCCCUGGUGCGGAGAAAGAGGAGAAUGGAAAGGAUUCAUUGAGAAGAGAAGACCCAGGAGGAGGAGGAGGAGGAGGAGGAGGAGGAGGAGGAGGAAGGGGGCCAAUCUCCCUCUCCCGGUGUUCCUCAGGGUCAUCAUCUGGUUACCACGAACCGCUGUUAAGGUCUUCACAUGCAAGCCCCAGCGGAUCGGAAAUCAGCGAGGUGGUGCAGCGCCCCCCGCCCCCCCAAACCACCACCACCACCACCACCAACCUCACCACCACCACCUCCUCCUCCUCCCUCUCCCUAGCCUCACGGGGGAAGCGCCGCGCCCCGCCCCCAAAGCCCCUCCCUGCCCCCCCAGUGCCUAUACCAGAGGAAGGAAGGCGCCCCCAUAGAGUGACCCCCUACGAGCCCCAGGACCCCCACCCCGCCCCCCGCCGUCACCCCCACCACCCCUCCUCCCUCGUAGAAGGCGGUGGCGCUGGUGGUGGUGGGUCUGGGGCGAAUAUUUCUACCCCAGAUGAUGGAGCGGCGAGACCACCCCAGAAAAUACCCCAGAUUUCUCCACGGAAGCUGAAAAAGGCGCCAAAAAUACCCCAGGAAGCAAGAAAUUCCCUAGACGUCCCGGAAAGCGCCCUAGAACCCUCUGAAAUUACCUUAGAUUCCUCGCUGGUGCUUCAAAACAUCAUGGAUUUCUCCCUGGAUGUCCCUGAAAGUUCCCUAGAUAGCCCUAUGGUACCCCAAAACUCCCUAGAUGUGCCUGAAAGUUCCCUAGAUUGCCUGCCGGUACCCCAAAACUCCCUAGAUUUGUCCCUAGAUGUGCCUGAAAGUUCCCUAGAUUACCUGCUUGUGGCCCUAAACUCCCUAGACUCGCCAGAAAUUACCCCACAAAACACACCCAAGCACCGAAAAACACAGGCAAACAUCCAAAACACACCCAAACACCCCAAAACACCUCCAAACACCCCAAAACACCCGCAAACACCUCCAAACACCCCAAAACACACUAACAAAUCACCGCAACCUUUUACCAACGAGAUUGAAAAAUGGUCUAUGGAAAAUCUCAAUAAAACAGCAAUAAACAGCCAUUUGGACAGCCCCAGUGGCAGUGUGACCAGCAAGAGCAGCAGUGUGGACAGCAGGGCAGCCAUACCGACCUUCAGAAUGGUCAAGCAAGGUCAGAUAAGGUCACAAGAGGACGAGAGACAGAAAGCUUUUAUUGCAGAUGGAAAAUCUCAAAAGGUUGAUAAAAAUUUUGGCUCUUGGAAAAGCUGUGGUUCUGGCAGCAGUGGGAGUGUUAGUGGCUCUUCCAAGGGUGCCAUGAAGGGGAGGAAGGCACUGGAUAGCCUCUCCAGGGUCCUCAAGGGCAGUGCCAAGGAGAGCCACUCGCUUGGCACUCCAGAAUCUAAUGAAAGUGAUUUAGAAUUUGAUGAGAGGAUGUUUGAGCCAAAAUAUUUAAUUCCGGGGGAUAUGGAGGGGAGAAACGCCCCCUCUCGCCCCCCCAAGGCCUCCACAGUCACCCCUCCGAAGCGCCCUGGAAGGAAAAAGGCGCCACAACCACCACAACCGCCACAAACGUACCAGGAACCGUCACACACACACGCACACGCACAUACAGAGAGUGUGCGUGGAGGUGAACGUACACAUGUGGACAUUUCAAGCCAUGUACGUGAUGAGGGGGCUAUGUGCGUCCCCCCACCCACGCCGGAGGGGGGGGAGGGGCUGCAGGAAAAAUACCUCCACCAUUUUGCUAAGUUGGAGGAAAUUGACUCAGAACUCCUCUCUCUCUUGUCUGAGGACGGUGUUGACUCCUCCUCCUCCUCCUCCUCCUCCUCCUCCUCCUCCUCCUCCUCCCAAAGAGUGCCACCUUUGAGGACAGUGCCAGCAGAAGAGAAGGAAAGAAAGGCAGUGGCGCUUCAAGAUAUGACCAAAACAGUGCCACUCAAACACCCAACAGUGCCACUUCAAGCUUCACCAGGGCCACUCCAAGCUUCACCAGUGCCACUCCAAGCUUCACCAGUGCCAGUCCAAGCUUCACCAGUGCCACAAGCCAAUUUCACCAAGACAGUGCCACUCAAGAACCAGAUAACCAGGACAGUGCCACUCCAGGACCUUGCCAAAACAGUGCCACAAGCCAAUUUCAGCAAGACAGUGCCACGUGAAGACCCACCUCGAACCAGGACAGUGCCACAGAGUAACCUUAUCACCAAGACAGUGCCAGAGAAGCAGAUUUACCCAACAGUGCCACCCAAACCUCACUUUAAAUCCACAGUGCCAGAGAGUGCCACGCCCACGCCCCACCCAGCAGCAGUGCCAGUGGGGAGCAGUGCCACUAGCUACAGGGCGGGGUAUGUGGCCAUGGUGUCACAGCUGCACGGGUGGGACAGUGCCACAGUGCCAAGGAGUGCCAGAUUAACAAGGCAGAAUGCAGUCACCACCACCACCACCAUCACCACAUCCUCUUCCACCUCUCUAUGCUCAGAUUCAGAUCACGAGGUCCAGACAAGAAGAACAAGCUUUUCCUCAGAAGCAAGCGAAGAGGAAGAGGAGGAGGAGGAGGAGGAGGAGGAGGAGGAGGAAGAGGAGGAGAGUGAGAGCGAGAGUGACACGGAAAUAGGCAACCACGACACACACUCAAAGAAAACGGGGGCUGGAUCUCCAUUUUCUAUAUCUGAAGGGGUGACUAGGAAGGAAGAAGAGGAGGAGGAGGAGGAGGAAACGGAGGAGGAGGAGAGUGAAGAAGAAGAAGAAGAAGAAGAGGAGGAGGAAAGGAAGAAGCAAAUACCUCAACCGUCUUCCUCCUCCUCCUCCUCCUCCUCCUCCUCUUCUGAAUCAAGCGAGGAAGAAGAAGAAGAAGAAGAAGAAGAAGAAGAAGAGGAGGAAGAGAAAAUAAACUGGGAAUUUACUCUACCAGAACCGCCAACGCCUUUUAAGGACAUUCCAGCCUCCCCCAGUGCCAUCAGACAGUGCCAGGACAGUGCCACACCCCAGACAGUGCCAGAGGGGGCCGAUAGAUUGACAGAGAGGGCCGGUACAGUGCCAGAGAGGGCCAAACUGACAGAUAAGAGAGAGAGAGAUUUGAGGAGAAGAUCAGACUCCUCCAGUGAAGAAGAGGAGGAGGAGGAGGAGGAGGAGGAGGAAGAGGGAGAGGAGGAGAGGAAGAAGAACAUGAUAAAUGAACUAAAAAGUGCAAUUGAAGUUAGAACAGAGCCAAGAAUUGUGGAAAUGAGGCCUAAAACUAAUAUUGUGUACCGCAGUCACCCGCAGUUCUCCACCCAUUACUCCCACGCCCACGCCCCCACGCCCACGCCGCCCAGUGCAGGAGGUAGCCAAGACACGCCCGCACCCACACACCACCCACGCCUCGAAUCCACCUCCACAUACGAGAGCUGUGAUGAAUUUAAUCGGUCACACUCAUCAUCUGCAGCAAGUUAUGAUUCUGCACCUCCGCCACUUCCAGACACCUCCCCUCCGAAUAUCCAGCCCCCACGCCCCCCCAGGAUGUCCCCCCAGAUGCCCACACCUCCCAGCCACCCCCCCCAAGCCACAAGGUCAGGGGGGGCCAGGGCACAGAAUUAUAAGCCCGCAACUGUCAACUUCUCAAUUUCAACUUAUACUUCGCGAUCAGAAGAGACUAGUUAUGACAAAAAGGUCCUUAAAACUGAGUCUUUUAGCCAAGAUACCACAGCCACAGCCACCACAGCACCUCCUACCACACCUUCCACCUCACCUCCACCCCCCACCACAGCUGCUACCCACGCCACAGCAGCCAGAACAGCAAUAACCACAGCACUUUCAAAGCCAGUUCUUCCUGAUAAACCAUUUUUCAAAGAGUUUUCUGCAUCUUCACGCUUCGCCCAGGGCCCAACCAGGUGGAUCCCCCGCGUGGCUGAAGGGGAGAGGCGCCCCCCACCCUUCAGGCACCCCGCAGCCCACCGUAGAAUGCAGCGCCACCCUCCGCUGGGCCGCGCUAGCUCACUUGGAAAUCUGUCAGCGUUGCAGCAAGACUUCACCAACAAAGCCCAGAGCACCACGGAUUUGUCCUCUUGUACCAACAACAACAGCAAUAACAACAAUAGCAUGCCCGGAAGCUGCGGAGGAGGAGGCGUGGGAGGAGGAGGGGGCGUGGGGGGAGGCCUACCCAAUUUCUUCCCCCAGCCUAUGAUGAUGGGGGGUGAAGUAGGCCUAGCUGAUGAGUUUAUGAAGUUACAACAAGAUUUUUUUAAGUGGCAACAACAAUUACUUCAAAAUCAGCACGUGUUACAUAGCAGGGUGGCGCCCCUCGCUGGCACGCCCCCCCAGCUGCAGAGUGUAGGGGUAAUUCGUGACAUCUUAGGCCAACAGGCCCCCCAAGCCCCCCAGACAGCCCCCAGCCACCCCCAGGCGCCCCCGGAGGUAGUGGAAGCUCUCAACCCCAGCGUGGGCGGCCUAGGGGGGGCGGGGAUGGGCGUGGGUGUCCGCCGCGCGCCCGUAGAGAGGAUUAUCAACAUUCGCUUUGAGGAUGGACCUUCGGAGACUGACGAGGCGCAGCUGCAUGGACCAACCUUUUCGCGAACCGGUCCCGUGAAUGACUUGUCCCGAAAUGUGUCCCAGAUGACCUUUGUGCCAAGACCACAACAACAACCACAACCACAACCACCACAGCAACAACCACAGCAGCAGCCACAGCAGCAGCAGCAUUUUCAACAAAGGAGAUGGGAAGAACCACGAGUAAAUAUAUCAAGCUGGACCGAUCGACCACAGCCACAAGACCCUCCUACAUUCACCCCUCCCACAGCCACCCCAGGGCCCACAGCAGCACCCCAGCCCGUAUACACCCCCGUACAGGCCCCUCGCACCUCCCCCAGGCCGCAGGUUCCCCGGGGGUACUCCAAACCUGGGGAAAUUGACGGAAAUAUGAAAACUUUCCAAACAAUUCCCUCGGCUGUGGGACCAAGUGUUAUUUCUGCUGUGCCUGGCCCCUCCACAGCAGAACAGCAGUACCAGGCGCUCCCUCCUGAACAGAAACAGCAAUUUGCGCAGUUCAUGCAGCAGCAGCGCCAGCAGACAUGGCCGCCACCACAGCAAGAAGCACAGCAGGUGUUCUACCAACCACAGCCAAUUCCUGAACAGCAGAAGCAGAUCUUUCAGCCACAGCAGACACAGUUUCAGCCACAGCCAGUGGCACAGCAAGCUACCUGGCCGCCGAAACAGCCGUCCCCACAGCCUACACAGCAAACAUGGCCACAGAAACAGCCUGCACAGCCUUCACAGCAAACAUGGACUCCAAAACAGCCUUCACCACAGCCGCCACAGCCUAAACAGCCUUCCCCACAGCCGCCACAGCCUAAACAGCCCUCUCCACAGCCUGCACAGCCUCCACAGCCCGACAAGACCACGUUUUGGAAGGAAUUGGAGGACAAGAGGCAGAAUUUAGGCCUAGGGCAGGAGGAGGGGAGGAGGAGGAGCCCCCGCCCCCGCAGAGGCUCCCGCCAGGACUCCCCCCCACAGACAGGUGGACCGCGGUACACGUCUGUGGUGACUGUGGCAGCUGAUGACUCCGGUGACUGUGGCAAAGACAAGGUGAGAUCUGUGGUGCAGCUCAACACAGAACAGCCCUCUCUACCACAGCCACAGCCUCCACAGCAGCAGCAAUUGAAGAUGGCUCCAAUCGUGCGCGGUUUUCGAGAUGACAGCCGGGUUGCUCCUCAGAUAACCCGCUCUCGCUCAUCCGUAUCGCCCCCUACCGGACCGAACGUGGCUGAAUCCGGUAGGCAGAUGGCUGGUGCACCUAACCACAGCACCACAGCGGCUGUCACACCCCCACAGCGGGCGUCACCACAGCGAACACAGCCACCAAGCAAAAUUUCCCCACCUAUGGAAACUCAGAGAUUUUCGGCUGCAUCUACCGCAUCUGGGCCACCACCACCACCCCCACCUGCUCCUCCGAUGGCUCCCCCGCCCCCUCCGCCCCCCUCAGCCCCCACAGCACCCGCAGCGGCCCCAGGGGAGAGGAGAACAGCCACGGGGAAAAAGAUUAUGUCCCCUAAAACUGGUGCAGAACUUGAUGCCAGGGAGGAGCUGAUGAUGGCCAUUAAGAAUCACGGAGGAAUGAAAUCGCUUAGAAAAACACACCCACAGUUUUAAAUGGGCGUGUUUUGGGUGUGUUCGGUGUGUUUUGGGUGUGUUUGGGUGUGUUUCGGUGUGUUUUGGGUGUGUUUUGGGUAUGUUUGGGUGUGUUUGGGUGUCUGUGUGUGUUUGCCACCGAAACACACACCUUCAGUUUAAAAAAUUUGGUAUGUGUGUGUGUGUAUGUGUGUGUCUGUGUGUGUGUGUGUGUGUGUGUGUGUGUGUGUGUGUGCGUGUGCGUGCGUCAGUUGCUCACCUAAUGAAAACACGAAGGGAUGUACAUGAACUAAAACACACACACACACACACACACACACAUGAAUUGAUGCAGUAUUGAUAAUUGCCAGUAUGGUUCUAUAUAUACAUAAUUAAUCCCCUUGGUUACAAAUAUACACAUUACACAAACAAAUAUACAUACACCUGUAUUCAUAACUGUAUAUAACUUGAUACCUACAGACAUACAGACAUAUACAUAAGUUAUACAUAGUCAUAAGUUGAUAAUACACAUGAUACAUUUAUUGAUACAUUUAUACAUAGAUAUACAUAUGCAUUGAUUGUCCUGGGUAUACGUAGCUCAGUAUACAGAAGAGUGCUAUACAUGUGUCUUAUAUAACCAAUUAAUACAUAUAUACACAUCGCAGUAUUCUAUUGAGUAUACAUAAUACAUAGAUGUUGAUUAUUAUAUGCAUAACUCAGUAUACACACACACACACACACACACACACACACACACACACACACACACACA